UGCUUACUGGGUUCCCACGCAGGAGAAGAGGAAGAUGCCGGUGACGGUGUGGUCGAUUUCCAGUGUUACAAAAGGUUUAGAGUGAGAUUUGGCUGUGGAAGUGUGGAUUUGACUGGUAAAUCAUCAUUUGGGGAGGAUGGCUGCAACUACGCCCACCUCGGCCCCGCCUCCCAAAAAGAGCAGAGGAAAACAGGAAAUAGAAACUCUACAGACAGCCAAUGAAGAGCUGAGGAGCCGAUUGAGUGACUUGCAAAAUGAACUGCAACAGGAAAGAGGCAAGGUGGGUAAAUUACGGGAACGUUUGCAAGAGUUACGGGCCCAACGAGAGACUGAGCAGCACAAGCACUCGGUCGCUCUCACUGAACUCCGCGUCAAGCUCCAUGAGGAGAAGCAGCGAGAGGUGGCGGCCACACGAGAGAGCCUGUCUCGGCAACACGAGACCGAGCUGGCCCGGGCGGCACGUCUCCGCGAGACAGAACUGGCCCGGCUUCAGGCGCUGGUGUGUAUUUUACGGGACGGAGCCAGCAGCGAGCUACGUAGUGCCCUGAAGGAGGAGGCACGAGAGGAGGCCCGCAGGAGCUACGAGGCAGAGAAACUCAGGCUCACGCAGGAGCUGCAGGAGGCGAAGACGUCACGGCGGCAGGCAGAGGAGGCACUCUCCAAUGCUGUGCAGGCCGACAGAGCCAAAGCUGCCGAUCUCAGAGUGGCCCAUCAAGCUCAUCAGGAGGAGAUCCAGAGAAUCAAACGCGAGAGUGAGAGGGAAAUCCGGAGACUGAUGGACGAGUUGAAGAGCAGAGACCGUGUGGUGCAGUCACUGGAAAAAGAGCUGGGAGUGCAGGCGGGACAGACACAGCGUCUACUGCUGCAGAAGGAGGAAUCAGAGCGGCAUUAUGGGAGUCCGAAGAGAGAGGUGGCGCCGUCUCUCGGGGAAAACUCAGACUCUGUCAAUAACCAGGACAUGGAUGAGAGGGAUGUAAGGAGAUUUCAGCUGAAGAUUGCUGAGCUGCAGGCAGUCAUCAGGAAACUAGAGGAUAGGAACACCCUGCUUUCAGAUGAGAGAAACGAACUGCUGAAACGAGUGCGAGAAACAGAUGCAGAGAUAAAGCCUCUCAUGGAAAGGAAUAAACGGCUGAAUAAAAAUAAUGAAGAGCUGCAGCAGACUCUACAGCGCAUGGAGGACAAACUGAAGACACUCAGCAGAGAGAACGCAGAACAGAAAGAGAAAUCCCAGCAGAACUUGCAGCCGGGUGGGCUGAAGAGACACACCUCUCUAACGGACCUGAGUCACGCCCACGAGCAACAGGAAGUCGAGUAUCUGCGCUUGCAAAUCAGCGAGCAGCGUGGUGUUAUUGAUGAGCUCACGCAGGAACGGGACAGGCUGAUAAUCAACAAAAAGAACAGGCGAAAAAACAUCAAGUUGCCCAGGAGGCAUGUUGUGGAGACAUAUUUUGGAUUUGACGAAGAAUCUGUCGAUUCUGAAACGUCAUCUCUGACAUCAUAUAACACCGACCGUACAGAUCACACCCCUGCCACCCCUGAAGAGGAUCUUGAAGAUGUAUGUCAUGUAAUAAAUUAUUUUACAAACCUUAAUACCUGCACUAAACACUCUUGCAGCUCACCUACACCUCCGUUCAAAAGUUUGGGGUCAACACGGGAGCAGCUGCAGACGGAGUUGAUUGGCUGUCAGGCACGGAUUGCCGACCUGGAGCGGAGCUUGGCAGAGAAGGGGCAGGACUCAAAAUGGGUGGAGGAAAAGCAAAAUCUUCUCAGGGUGAACCAGGAACUCAGAGAAAAGAUAGUAUCGCUGGAGCAGUGUGAAAUGCGAUUACGCUCUGAAGUUCAAGACACCCUGGAUCAGAAUGAGCUGCUUGAAUUCCGCAUUCUAGAACUGGAAGAGAGGGAACGCCGUUCUCCUGCCUUUAACCUACAAAUCUCUGCCUCUGAAAACAACAGUAUCCUACAGCUACACUGCCAGCAAGAGGGUGUCAAGGAUGUCAUCAUUCCUGACCUCAUGAAAAAGCUUGACAUUCUUGGGGAUAAUGGGAACUUGCGAAACGAGGAGCAAGUGACAGUCAUUCAAGCAGGCACUGUGCUGUCUUUAUGUGAAAAGUGGCUGAAGCAGAUCGACAGCACUGAGGCAGCCCUGACACAGAAAAUGAUUGAUCUGGAGAAUGAAAAGGAGCUGUUCAGUAAACAGAAAGGUUUCCUGGAAGAGGAACUAGACUACAGGAAGCAAGCUCUCGAUCAGUCCCAACUGAGGGUGCAGGAGCUGGAGGCCACAUUAUACGCUGCCCUGCAGCAGGAUCCAGACAGCUGUGUGGGGGAGAGUUUGAGUGACAGGCAGCGAGCGAAGCUGGCCGAGUCAAUGGAUGCAGUGCGGAGACAGAUCCUGCGGCAGAGUCGCCAUGCCGACACGCUCAUCCUACAACAGCGCAUGGAGCUCCUCCAGUCUGCGCAGCAGAGGAUCAGAGAACUUGAAGAUAAGAUUGACAUGCAGAGAAGACAAAUCAAAGAGAUUGAAGAGAAGUUUUUGUUCCUUUUUUUGUUUUUCUCCCUAGCUUUUAUUCUCUGGCCUUAACCCCCCCCCCCC